UAUGAUUGAAGCUCAUUCGUCGAAAGAGCAGAACAGUGAAGAUUUCAAGAAGCGUCUGGCCGAAUAUCAAAAGGAAGUCGUUCAAUUUUCUAAGGAAACCGAUAAGUUCGAAGAAAAAGUUAUGUUGCAUGAAAUGCUGAAGGAGAGCAUUGACAAGAAAGAGGCACAAUUGAAGGAGGCCACCGAAUGUCUCAGUCAAAAUUUGCAAGAAAAUAAAAUUCUCAAGGAUGAAAUUGCCGAGUUGAGAGAGAAGCUCGAUCAGUAUGUGGCUGAUAUGAAGGUUGAUUUAGGCAAGGACGAGAAGAUCAUAGAGCUGACUAAACUUGUCAUCCAAUACAGGAAUGAAAUUUCACAGUUGGAAACUCAGCGCUCCUAGAUCAAACGAAAGGAUACGUCGAAUUCGUCUCUAGUCGAAAACUUCAACAUAGAACUGAAAAGGCAGUGCAUUACGGAGCUUGAGUUUCAAAAUCAUUGUUAAGCACAACACAGCAUGGUGUCUCAUCUUCAAGGAAACCUGAAACAGAGGUUCUACAUAAUUGUCUAUCAUUUCAAUUAAUUGUUUUAAUUGUAAGUAUUAUCUCUUUUUGUAAAUAAAGAAAUAUGGAAAAUAAAAAAAUAAAAUUGUUUGAAAAAAUGUGUAGAUAUUCAUGUGAGUUACGAUUGAGUAACAUUGAUGGAAUUGUAGAUUAGCUUUCAAAAGUGUAUCAACCUAGAAGCGUUUUACUACUGCGUUUUUCGUAUUUUAUAUCACUCAAAUUAUUGGAACUUAAGUUGUGUUUCUACUCGUCAUGUGGUUUAAAAUCAAGAUCUGUCUUCAAUCAGUUUUUUAUGGAAAUUGAUAUUUUAAUUAGUUGACGAGUGAUUGUAAAUAUUUAAAUUUCCCCAUUAUUUAUAUCUAAUAUUUUCUUGUAUGUCGAAAGUGUCAUGUUGGUGUACUGAUGUAGUUGAUAGUAUUUGAUGAAUACUUAACCUUCCGGUAGUCGCGCCCUACUCAAUCACACGAGCAGUCGCGUGUUGUAUUUUUUACAACAUCCAAUUUUCCAAGUGUUAUGUACUCUGUUUACUGUCAAAACAUAUUAAUUAAUUGUAUAAUUACUUUUUCCAUCUUCUUGGAUUAUUUUUGAACCAUUGCUCGGUUGGUACUGCAACUCAUUGGAGUGAUGGGGAGAAAGUUUUGGUGACUCAUUCACUGACACCACCACAUUCAAUAGAUUUGUGCAGCAAAAAAAACUGACACUGUUGUUCUUUUUACAACAGCGCGACUGCCGGAAGGUUAAAGUUUUCAUAAUAAUGUAUUUUAAUCAGAUGUGAGCUUAGAAAUAUACUAUUUGAUGUUAAUUAACUUGAACCUCUCCAAGUUCCUCUCCAGUAGUUGUUAUAAAUUCGUCCAUGCAUUACUCAGUUUAUUGACAACCAUUGUCCAGGCUGGAUCUUUUUCUAAAAUUUCCUAUUGCUAUCUGUGACCAUUAAUUUCAAUCAAAAUUUGCAGCAGUAAACGUCUUCAAGGCAACACACCUUCACUGUAUGUGAUACAAAGUAUUUAUAACGAUAUUGGAUCAUAUUUAUUUUGCAAAUAAGUAUAUUUUCGAUUUUAAUUUGCUUUAUCAAUAAAUUAAGACUCAAUGUAUUUAGCAAUUGUGUUCAGAUUAUAGAAUCUUUAAAGUUAGUUUUUAAAUGUAUAGUCCUAUUACUCAAUUUAAGUUUUUUUAUAUCAUGAAAAUAUGUUUCAAUUGUAAAUAUUGUCGCUUUUACCAUUAUUACCUAAAGUAUUCUUGUAUAUUGAUAUUGCUUUUAGAUGGAACUAUGUCCUUGUCACAUUACCUUAUUCUUAACUUUUUCACAAUUAUUCGCAAUCCUUCCAUUAUCGUUUCAUUAUUUUUUAUAUAAAAAACGUUCUAUUAUACUUUGAUUUAAGUUCCUUUUGGUCAUAACUUUUAAUUCAAUUUUAAUGCUUUCUUAGCAAUACGCACAACUGCAUUCUAUUUUAUUGUAUAUAGGACUUUAUUCAUCAAUCUAUUGUGCAAUUCUGAAUUAGAUGAAGUUAUCCAGCACUUAUAUAUAGUAUUUGGUCUGAGUUGAUUUAUUCACAUACCAAAUGUUUUGAGAAAUUCAAUAUUUUGUUCACAGAAAUGUGUAAAUUGAAUGUAAUUUAAAAGUAUGCUUGAUAAAUUACAAUGUUAUUCUCAAUAAAAACAUAUUAUUGUAA